GCGAAGUUUCCAUCAAAAGUCGAUGUAUUCGCACAGCAAAAUGCAACUCUGGUACCCAAAACAAACCCCGGAUAGCGACGUUUCAGACAAUCGAGGGAAAAGGCCGGGCGCCCGCGACAGCCUGGAGUCCUUCACCAGCGAGGACAACGAGCCGGUCGAUGAGGUUUAUCAAUCGGGGGACGCCCAGAGCACCACGACUACGAACACCAGCAGAACGUCGAGUCCCAGCAACUCAUCGGCGGACGCGAAAAAGCCCGGCGACAGCGGAACUAUUAGUGAUUUCAUAGACUCGAAUUAUUGGAGAGAGGAAAAAGUUUGUUGCGGCUUGAUAUUCCGCGGGAUUCACGACGAGAUAUUGGUGGACAUGAGGUUCAUGAAGGCCUGCUCAAGUAGAUUAAGGAGAAUGGAAAUAAGCAAAAGAAGGGAUAAAGACGUUAUAAAUAUAUAAGAAUUUGUAUUGUUAUUGUAUAGUUCAAAUUUGUUUUAAUUUUUUUAGAUUAAUAUACUUAUUC